AUGAUGAAGACCACACUGGUGUUUCUGCUGAUGGUGACAGCUUGCUGUGGAGCCGCAGUCGCCGUUGAUGCUGGGAUACGUAUCAUCCCCAAAACCGAAGACGAUUAUGGCAGGAUAAUCCGUCUUUUCAAAGAGGAAAACAUUCCUCAUCACACUUCCCUUUGCCCACUGAACGCAACAUCCAUGCGGUUAUCAGAGGUAUCCCAGCAUCAACCACCGAACAGGAGGUUAAAGAUUAACGACGGUCUGACAGCUACAAAUCUUACCUCAACUAACGAUGAAUGUACCAACGAAGAAGGACUCACUCCAGUUAUACAGAAAAAGAAACGAAACGUAACUGACCAAUUCCCUCUACUGCCAACUGAGGCAACUAUCAAGCCGACUACCAAAAACUCUCCUAUGUCUUCUUCCACUAUUCAACCAAGCUCUCAAGCUAACGUUGCUAUUGCUUUGCCGUCAUCACCCCGUACUGCUGCCAGUGAGACAUCGGGGUAG